AUUGUUUUCUUAAGAAAAAUAAUAAGAAAGUGAGCUCUCUCUUCACAUCCCCACAUAUCUAUCUUCUAUCUACGUUUCGCUCCCUUCUCUCUAAGUAACAGUCGUUUUGGGUCCAUCAACCAACCCCAAAAAAAAAACAAAAAAACAAAAAAACAAAAACAAAACCAAAACCUGCCCAUCAUCGGUUGUUACACAGAGAAGCUAAAUAAUAAGAACAAUAAUUUUGAUACAUAAAUAUUGAAAUCAUGGGGUUUCUUCAUAAGCUCUGGGACGAAACGCUUGCCGGGCCUGCUCCGGAAACGGGGCUUGGCAAACUAAGGAAGUACGAUUCAUUUUCCGGGACAAGAUCUCCACAUUCACCGGCUGUUAAUGGAGCCGAUGAUGUUGUGGUCACUAGGAGUAUUACGAUUCUUAGAAGUAACUCUAAUUUUAGAAGCUUAUCCUUGGAUCCUGGUUCUGCUCCGGAGUCUCCUGCUGGGCCUGACACCCCCAGAACUCCCAAGACACCGGGAACACCAGGCGGGGAUUUCAAGAAAUUUACGAGAAGAAAACUAUCAACAGUGGCAUUAGAACGUGAUGCUGAUGAGCCUAGAAGUCCGACAGUUUACGAUUGGAUCGUGAUAAGUGCUUUGGAUCGUUGAGGAGAGUUAAAAAUGGCGAUUUUGCAAGAAAGAAUCGGCAGCAACACACUUUUGUACAUAGAGAACCGUACCUUUGUGGAAAUUAUAUCUAAUAUAUCUAUAUCUAUAUAUAAAUAUUUAGCCUAAGCUAUAUGUUAGCAACUACAUGAAUAAGAUGGUUCAGGGCGAGAGGAUCAGCCAUGGCAGAACAAGCUAGCUGAACCAAUCAAUGAUGCUUCUUGGAGUUUCAGAGAGAGGGAAUUCAGAGAUAACUUUGCUUCUUAAUUGAGAGUUUAGAGUUUCUUUCUUUUUCUUUUUCUUUUUCUUUUUUUUCUUUUUUCUUUUGAUGAUGAUGAUGAAGAUGAAGAUGAACACCCUUUUGUAUAUAAUGUUGUUGGGUCUGGUCGUUCUGGUUUUUUUUUGUACAUAUGGAUUGUGUACCUGAAACUUCUUUCAAUGAAACUAGACUGAAGCUUCUUGCAUCUGAA